AUGAAGGCGCAGACACUGGGCCUCUCCUUGCUGCUCACCGCGGCGCCUGCAGUGCAGGCUGUGCCCUCGAGCGAACUUCAGCAUGUUCUCGCGAACGUUGCCCAAUACGCGGACGCUGCGACGGGCGGACUCUUCGGAACUGUCGCCAAGGGCGCGAAUGCCGUGCUCGACGACAUUGAGCAGGUGGUGGAAGAGAAGGUCCACCAGGCUGAGGGUGCCACUGAGAGGUGGUUCGAUCGCCUUGGUCGGGAAAUGAUCAAACAGAAUGGGCUUACUUACGAGCUCAUCACGCACCCUGCCUUUGUGGAUCACUCCUUGCGGACCACCGACCCGGAGCUGUGUGACCCGUCUGUCAAGCAACAUUCUGGCUAUCUCGACAUUACGGAUGGGAAGCACUUGUUCUUCUGGUUCUUCGAGUCGCGCGGAAACCCUUCCACUGACCCACUGGUUCUCUGGCUCAACGGUGGACCGGGAUGCAGUUCCUCCACGGGGCUGCUCUUCGAGCUUGGCCCCUGUCGCAUUUCGGACGAGGGCAAGAACACGACCGUCAACCCUCAUGCAUGGAACAACAACGCUAACAUCAUCUUUCUUGACCAGCCCGUUAACGUUGGCUACUCGUACAGUUCGGAUGGCUCGAAGGUCAACACGAGUCCCGUUGCGGGGGAGGACGUCUACGCAUUCCUAGAGCUAUUCCUUGCGCGCUACCCGGAGUACUCUGAGCUUCCCUUCCACCUUGCCGCCGAGAGUUACGGCGGAACAUAUGCACCGAACAUUGCGUCCGUGAUUUACAAGCGCAAUAAGGAGCUAGAGAGCGCCGUGGCACCCACUCCGGGUGUACAGACGAUCAAACUGUCGUCCGUAGUGCUCGCGAACGGACUCACGAACCCAUUGAUUCAGAUGGCGUCUGUUCCCGACUACGCCUGCGAGGGUCCUUACCCCGUUUACGAUGAUCCCGAGGGUCCGGAGUGCCAGGCCCUGCGCACCAAGGUUCCGACCUGCGAACGCCUUAUCAGCAGCUGCUAUUCGUUCAACUCGCGUCUCACGUGUGUCCCGGCCGCCCUCUACUGCUGGGGCCAGCUCUUCGGUCCCCUGCAGCAACUUGGCUUGAACAUGUACGAUGUACGCAAGAAGUGCGACAAGUCCAAGGAUGGCGACCUCUGCUACCGCGAGAUGAACUGGAUAGACACUUGGAUGAACGAGCCGAAGCACAUGGAGGCCCUCGGUGUCGAUCCUAGCCGCAAAUUCGCGUCCUGCAACAUGGAAGUGAACCAGGACUUCAUGCUCCAAGGUGAUGGCAUGCACAACAGCGCGCUCCUUCUGCCCGACCUGAUCAACGACGGAGUUCGCCUGCUCGUCUACGCUGGCAACGCCGAUCUCAUGUGCAACGCGAUCGGUAACGAGCGCUGGGUCGAGGAUCUCGAGCACAAGUUCCACAAGGAGUUCGUCGCGACGAAGUCCAAGUCUUGGGUUGCCGACACGACUGGCCGCGUCGCUGGCGAGGUUCGCGCCGCAGGCAAGGGCGCUGGAAGCGUUACCUUCGUCCAAGUAUACGAGGCUGGCCACAUGGUACCUUUCGACCAACCGGAGCACGCUCUUGACAUGUUUGAGCGCUGGACUAGCAACGAGGCGUUCUUUUAG